CGUCACGUGGUAUCGGUGUUCCAAUUCAAACGUCACAGCUACUUGGCUUCGCCCCUUUCGCUCAAAACGUGAAUGAAAAAUAAAUUGAAACAAACAAAUAAAGAAGAGAAGAAGCAGAUUGGGAGGAGAGUUUUGGUGUCUGUGGGUGUGAAGGAGUUAGAAAGGCGGCGGACGGCGGAGGGAGCUCCUCCUGGUCAGAACCGGGAGGAGAGGGAGGAUGACUCACUCCGUCUGAUGUGAGCUUCACCCCGCAACAGCUCGGCAGUGCGGCGGCGGUUCAUCCCGACGUGUCCGCUCAGCUCCAAACUUUAUCAAACUCUAAAAUUUACCCCCUUUUUUCCUGAGGCCUUUUCGGGCUUUUCCUCAAACUUGUUUUUUUUUUUUUUUUUUUUGAUCUCCCGGUAGUUCCACUGACCCGCGGAGUCGUGAUUCACCGUGGAUUUCGUGACGGCUAAUUGCCAUGGCAACAACACUGCUGCGCUGAGAGGAAACUGUCCGUUUUAACUUCAUCUUCAACCUCCCAACAAGGUGAGGGCUAUGGAGCAUAAAACCGAAAAGAGGUUCCACAAUCUGACCCUAGAGCAGGUCCAGGCUCUCGACAAAGUUCUCACCGAGGUGAUCCCAAUCCACGGGCGAGGAAAUUUCCCUACGCUGCAGGUGAGAGCCAAAGACAUCAUCCGCGUGGUUAAGGAUCGACUGAUGGAGAGGCACAUCCAGGUUAAAGACAUUCGCCUGAACGGAGCGACUGCCAGCCACAUCCUGGUGAGAGAUAACGGCCUAGGCUACAGAGACCUGGACAUCAUAUUUGGAGUAGAGCUGCCAAGGCAGGAGGACUUCCAGGUGAUUAAGGAGGUGGUGCUGGGCAGCCUGCGAGAUCUCCUCCCUUGCGGGGUUAACAGGCAGAAGAUAACCUGCCUCACUAUGAAGGAAGCAUAUGUGCAAAAGAUGGUGAAAGUGUUCAAUGAGCACGACAGAUGGAGCCUGAUUUUACUCUCAAACAACCGAUCUAAAACCGUGGGGCUCAGGUUCGUUAGCUCCCUCCGGAGGCAGUUUGAAUUCAGUGUAGACUCCUUUCAGAUAAUACUGGAUCGUAUGCUGGAGUCUUACUGGGGGAGCGACAGGAGAGAAGAAGAAAAACUGGCUCUGAAUGCCAGAGAUUCAUCUAAGCGAGACCACGGCAGAGAAGAUGAGAUACAAGAGGAAUCGACGCUUCCUCAAGAUGCUAAAGCAGAUCCUCAAAGAGAUGGAGCACCGGUAACGACUACAGAUCCUCCAUCCCCAGAAGAAGCUGCUUCCACAUACGAGCUUCCAGAAAAAGAGGCUGAGGAUGUAGUUGAAAAGCUGGAGGUGGAAGGACCUGAGGAGAACAGCUCACCUAAGGAGGAGGAAGACGAGGGUGGCAUUGUGGGCGUUCAAUCAGAGGAAGACAUUUCAGAGGGGUUUGAGCUCUGUGAGGAAAAAGCAGAACAGAAAGAACUCUUUGAUGGUGAAUAUCCUCCUGAUGCCUCAACGGAAACCUUAUUCCCCAGCACCAGGGAUCAGCUGAUUACACAUUCAUGUUCAAGAAUACAGAAUACGGAAGAGGCGUGUGCAGCAAACACUGAACAAUCAGCUUCACAAGAAACUGCAAUCUUUGAAAAAACAAAAACGUUAGAAAUACACAUCGAAACCUGCAAGACUGAGCCGCCUCCUAAUCUUCAAGAUCCCCACCAUGAAUACUCCUUUCCUCCCCCAGCUAAGAAAACCUGCAGCACAUCGCAGGACAUUGUGCCAAACUUCUACCCGUCUCCAAAGCUGCAAAGGAAAAUGUCGCGAAAGCUGCUGAGCCAGCCGGAAAAGUGGUCCCUCCUGACGGACGUGUCGGAUCUCACCACACAGUUCUUUCCUCCAAUAGAGGUGGUGAAACCUCUUCAGCCAAGGGCCCCGGCACCGGACACUGUCCAACUUGGUGGCUCCAAUCGUUUAUGUCCUGAGUUAGAACAACUGAAGGGUACAGACGUUCCAACGGAUCCUCCAUACUGUCCAGAAUCUAUUCCUCAGGAAUCUGUCAGUUCUUGUGGCCCUGUAGAACAAAUCGUAAAGCCAAAACACUCCAAGAAGCCUCCUGAUUUAAAGACUCAAAUGAACCCAGUUUUAAUGUCUCGGGUUACUGAUCAAAGAACCGAGCCGGUUGAAACAUUUCCAAACAGUCCAUGUGCAGGAGGUGAGUCCAUCAUCGCCGUUGAAGCAGAGUGCAUGUACGGAGAUUUCGAGCAGGCGAUGGACCACCUUCGCAACCGCCUCAUCGCAACCCACAACCCAGAGGAGAUUCGUGGAGGAGGUCUGCUGAAGUACAGCGACCUGCUUGUGAGGAACUUCAGACCCGCCAGUGAGACUGAGAUCAAGUCCUUGGAGCGUUACAUGUGCUCCCGCUUCUUCAUCGACUUCCCAGACGUAGGUGAGCAGCAGAGAAAGAUCGAGGCCUACCUCCAGUGCCAUUUCGUUGGCAGUGAGGAAGCAAGCAAGUACGAUUAUCUGAUGACCCUACGCCGCGUUAUAGACGAGAGCACCGUUUGUUUGAUGGGACACGAGAGGAGGCAGACCCUCAACAUGAUCACGGUCCUCGCUCUGAGGGUUCUAGGCGAGCAGAACGCCAUCCCCAACACGGCAAACGUCACCUGCUUCUAUCAGCCGGCUCCAUAUAUCGCAGAGCCAAUUUACAACAGCUACUACAUCCCUCAGGCCCAGCCCUCACUCGUCUACCACCCGUACCCGCUGCACGUCCACAUGCAGUCUGGCCUUGUGUAGCCAUGGCGGCUCGCUAGCAUGAAGGCAUGCGUUUAGCAUGGCGCUCUGCAAUAAGAGCCACACACGGCGGUUUUACCAACAGGCAACAACAGUUGCUGUGUUGUUUAAAGUUUUAAAAUCCUUCCCGCUUAUAACAGAUAUGAAGUGGUCUGGGCUGAAGCGGCAAAUAUGCUUCGAUUUUUAAGAUGAGCCUAAGAAAAGAAAGGACGACUCGACGGGAGGAGUUCAUCACAACUGCUGUAAGGCCGCUCUGCUUUACCUUGGAGGACUCAUCGCCCUCCUGCAUUGAAGGCAGUAAUGGAUGAAAAACAUUGUUCGCUUAUCAAACAUAAUCCCUCACUUGUUGGCAACAAGGAUCUUAAUUCCUACUUUGGAUAAAGUUUGAGGAUUGAUCCUGUGGGGUAAAAACCCUAACUGUUUCUGGAAUCAUUCAUCUGGACCACAUCUGGUGAUGACUUAGCUCCGUAUUCAUUAUUUAGUGAUAGGAUGUAACGCCUUUACUGCCGGUGUCCUGUCAGAACAGCAUACCCUGUCAGAUCGGCAUACUUUGUUCUAAUACACAUGCGCGCACAUGGGCAACAGUUCCCACUGAAUUUUAGCAGCAGUGUACCGACCAGCAA